CGCUCGCUCCCCCCCCCCCCCCCAUCGCCGCCGCCGCCGCCACCAAAACCCCAACCCGCGCCGAGCCCGUCUCGGCCACCAUCUUCUCCCCAUCCUCCUCCUCCUCGGCGGCGCGGCGAGCCGCGGGCGAUCCGGCCGGUGAGGGGGGCGCGCGCGGGGCGGGGGCGGAGGCGGAGAUGGCAUCGGAGGACGUGGUGGGGAAGAGCAGGGGCGACACGGCCGUCACCACCAUCGUCAACCUGGCGGAGGAGGCCAAGCUCGCGCGCGAGGGGGUCAAGGGGCCGGGGCACCAGGUCCUCACCAUCUGCAAGUCACUCGUCGCCGGCGGCGUCGCGGGGGGAGUGUCACGUACUGCUGUUGCUCCGCUCGAACGAUUGAAAAUCUUGCUCCAGGUUCAAAAUCCACACAGUAUCAAGUACAAUGGUACAAUUCAAGGUCUCAAGUAUAUAUGGAGAACCGAGGGCCUCCGUGGACUUUUCAAGGGCAAUGGUACCAAUUGUGCAAGGAUUGUUCCAAAUUCUGCUGUGAAGUUUUUUAGCUACGAGCAAGCAUCAAAGGGAAUUUUGUGGGCUUACCGUCAACAGACCGGGGAUGAGGAUGCUCAGCUUAGUCCACUCUUACGCCUUGGAGCUGGAGCCUGUGCUGGUAUCAUAGCCAUGUCUGCUACUUACCCAAUGGAUAUGGUUCGGGGUAGGAUCACCGUUCAGACAGACAAGUCUCCCUACCAGUACCGUGGUAUGUUUCAUGCGCUGGGCACAGUUUACCGUGAGGAAGGCUUCCGUGCUUUAUACAGAGGGUGGCUUCCAUCUGUAAUCGGAGUUGUUCCGUACGUUGGCCUCAACUUUGCUGUUUACGAGUCUCUCAAGGACUGGCUGCUCCAGACAAAUCCUUUUGGGCUUGCAAAUGAUAACGAGCUGCAUGUAGUUACAAGGCUUGGGUGUGGAGCUGUGGCUGGAACUAUUGGCCAGACUGUUGCGUACCCUCUUGAUGUCAUCAGAAGAAGAAUGCAGAUGGUCGGCUGGAACCAUGCUGACUCUAUUGUUACUGGACAAGGCAAAGAAGCACUCCAGUACAAUGGUAUGAUUGAUGCAUUUAGGAAAACUGUUCGUCAUGAAGGUGUCGGUGCUCUGUACAAGGGUCUUGUGCCAAAUUCAGUGAAGGUGGUGCCCUCAAUUGCCAUUGCAUUUGUCACUUACGAGGUUGUGAAGGAUGUGCUAGGAGUAGAGAUGAGGAUAUCAGACUGAGGGGAUUGGAGUAGCGCUGGGUGUUAUCGACUGCUAUUUUUGUAGGUGUUGGAGUUCUGUUUUUGUAGGCAGGGCGGGUAGAAGGAUAUGACUGCGGCUCCAUUCAGCAUCAGGCCCUCUCAGCCCAUGUUGGUAUAUCCUGCUACUGGCUUCAGGUCCUAAAUUGUUGCUAGAUCAUGGAAAAGUAAUAAGUUGGCUGUAAAGCUUUGAAGCAUUUGCCUAACUCAUAAAAAAUCUAUUCCUUGUUGAUGUAUCGAGAUUGAACUUAAAGCGGUAUUGCUUGCUGCUAAUAGUUGAUUCUAAUGAUUUUCCUUUGCCUC